CACCUGUGUAUUUCAACGGUUUAACGCAAAUACAACUAUAACGCUAGGCGUUGUAAAGACUGAUUGCACAACUGAGAUUGGCACCAUGUCUGAUUUGGUGGAUGCCAAAUGCAUAACUGCACAAUGGCCAGGGAGUCCCUCACUGCCAAGGUUUACUAUAGAGAAUCAGAAAGUAGAUGCUAGGCCUCCAGCUGACAUGUACACAUAUAAAAUGAACUAUCCCAGCCUUGGACAAUGUGUCAUCAUCAACAACAAGAACUUUGACAGGAGAACAGGAAUGAGUUCUCGCAAGGGAACAGAUGUGGAUGCUGGCUAUGCAAGGAAAGUCUUUGAACGUUUGGGGUACAACGUGAAAGUUGCCAAUGACCAGACGGUGCAGCAGAUCCAACAGCUGCUUUACACUGUGUCUCAAGACAACCACAGCCAGUCAGCCUCCUUUGUGUGUGUGAUGCUGAGCCAUGGAGGAGAGGGUGUGUUCUAUGGCACAGAUGGAAAUGUGGAGCUCCAGAAGCUCACCGGACUCUUCAGGGGCGACCGCUGCAAAACGCUGGUGGGAAAGCCCAAACUCUUCUUCAUCCAGGCGUGCCGUGGCUCUGAUCUGGACUGUGGAAUAGAGACAGACAGUGUUGCUGGUGGAAUAGAGACGGACAGCGUUGCUGGUAACUAUCCAGAGAGGAUUCCAGUGGAGGCAGACUUUCUCUAUGCUUAUUCUACAGCCCCAGGCUACUACUCCUGGAGGAACACCGACAAGGGCUCCUGGUUCAUCCAGGCCCUCUGUGAGAUGUUACAAAGGUAUGGCAAACAGCUGGACAUAAUGCAGAUCAUGACACGUGUUAACCACAAGGUGGCACAUGACUUCGAGGCUUCCGCCAACAAGCAGAUCCCUUGCAUUGUGUCUAUGUUGACCAAACAUCUCUACUUUCCACAGUGAUUGUAUAUCCUGUGGGACCAUUUUACAUAUUUGCACAGUGUCUGCUGGGGUUCUAAAGACCAUUAAAUAAUACAGUGGGAUUCUCUGCACUGGACCAAAUACCACUGUGGAUAAUCACUUAUUCAAAUACUUCUGUUUGGGGAAAGUCUAAAAGCGAAAAGGUAUGAAAUGUUUACCCUUGAGGCCUAAAGGGCAUUAUGUUGGACCACAGAGAAUGGCUUUUUAAUGGGGAAAGGCUGGCAUUGAGUAUUGACUACGGAAUAGCAGUACUUGCUAUUGAUAUGUAGUUAAUUCAUUUGGAAUGGAAUUAAAAUGCUCUGAAUUGUAGGGUAAAUACAUGUUCAGAUAACAUGGAAUGAAAGUCACUCAGGCUUUAAAAGUAUUGUAUUGUGUUAUGUCUCUAUAUAAAUAAUCUGUCACUC